UCCAUCUAUCCCAUCUGCCCUCAGACUGGCCGCGUCGCCAUCUUGCGCAAUUCCGAUUUCAACCAGACAAAACUUAUACCUCAUAAGACAAAAAUUUCAGGCUAAUGGACCUCUCAACCUCACUUACGACAAGUUCCCUUCCAUCGAGGUCGUUUCGAACUCGCGAUGCCUUCUUCAUUCUCAAGUGUUCGCGACAAUAAGGAUGCAUUCAAGAACCCUGACCAAAGGGCCAUGUCCAACGGACCUUUCUCUGAAGAUGGUGAAUCGUUUGACCAAGUUCCUCAAGGGAACAGAAGGAUGGGGGCCGUCUCUGCGGUGAUGCUGAUCGCGAACAGGAUGAUUGGAACGGGUAUCUUCGCCACGCCCGCCUCAAUUGUUGGCUCGACCGGUUCCAUAGGCCUUGCAUUGUUCCUUUGGGUAAUAGGUGGUAUCAUCGCCGCUGCAGGCCUUGCAUUGUAUUUGGUGAACUCGAUUUUUCUUGGAAGCAUGCCAUCCCGACUGUACUCAUGGAGGGUUAGGAAUGGGCUACUGCAUUACCGCGCUCUGGGGGAGAGAAAAACUACCUGGAAUUUUUCUACCUAAAACCGCUAUAUUUCAUUUCCUGUGUAUAUGCCAUGUAUGCAGUACUACUUGGCUGGCCAUCGGGCAACUCUGUUUUCGCGGGUGAAAUGCUGCUCAAUGCCGUAGAUGUGGAAGUCGGCCAAUGGAAUCAACGAGGGAUCGGGUUGGGUGUCGUCACUUUCGCACUACUCGUCCACGGUGUUACGCCCAAGUUUGGGAUCUACCUUUCAAACGUGUUGGGGCUCUUCAAGAUUGUUGUCCUCCUCUUCAUCAUCUGCACCGGCUUCGCUGCUCUCGCUGGACGUGUUCCCGGUGGUGCCCCAGAUAACUACACAAAUGCUUUUGCAGGAACGAGAACGGAUGCGAAUGCGUUUGUUUCGGCUCUGUACAAUGUUAUCUGGUCUUUCGUGGGUUAUUCCAACGCCUUUUAUGCCAUGUCUGAAAUCCGUAACCCAAUUCUAACCGUUAAACGCGCCGCACCAAUGGCUAUGAUCGUCGUCACCGUCCUCUACUUGUUGACAAACGUCGCAUACUUUGCCGCCGUCCCAAAAGAGACCGUUUUAACGUCAAAGCGACUUCUCGCCGCUGAGUUCUUCGGGACCAUGUUCGGUAGAAAGGCCAACCGGGCUGUCUCUGUCUUGAUUGCACUUUCUGCCAUUGGAAACGUCCUCGCGGUCCUGUUCAGUCAAGGAAGAAUCAAUCAAGAACUAGGUCGUGAGGGAGUGCUGCCAUUUUCGAAAAUUUGGGCAUCAAACAAACCGUUCAACUCGCCUUUGGCUGGCUUGAGUCUUCAAUGGAUAGUGACUGUCAUCAUUAUACUCGCUCCUCCCCCUGGUGACGCCUACAACUUCAUCCUCAAUUUAAUCUCGUACCCUCUUAACAUCGUCAACACCUUGAUAUGUAUUGGGCUGCUGUGGAUCUAUUUGCACAGAGCCGAGUACAGCUGGAACCCACCUGUCAAGGCUUCCUUACCGGUCGUAGUGUUCUUCCUUCUAGCCAACCUAUUCCUCGUCGCUGCUCCUUUAGUUCCACCGUCAGGACAAGGACCUUACGAAACAUUGCCCUAUUGGUUACACGUCGUCGUCGGGUUUGGUGUACUUUUCCUCGGGGCUUUGUACUGGCUUGUAUGGGCUGUGAUCUUGCCAAAGAUAGGCCAUUAUAAGCUGGUGCGAGAGAAGGAAGUCGCCAGCGAUGGAUUGACACGAAACGUUUUCAAAAGGGUCCCUCUGUCUGGAUCUUCAUGAGUAUCAUACGUAUCUCCAAAGAACUAUGUAAUGCUAUACCAG